AUGAACCCUCGCUCCAAUGAUUCCAAUGCAUCCUCAGCAAAGCAAAAGAAGAAACAAAUCGAAUCGCAUCCUCCUCCUUCAGUCUCGCUUCUAGAUUCCUCCUCGCCCUCAAGCCCGGACGCUCUCCUCACCCAUCUCGAGCCAGCUCCAGCAUCCGCCCAAUCCACACUCAACGUCCCUGACGCCACUGCCACUCACAAUGCACGCGUCGCCUUGUCCGCAUCGCCUUCAACAGCGCCUCGAGUUUUUGUAGCAUCCACCCUCAAGCCUGUCUCGACCAUCGACUCGGUCACCUCCACCAUCUCGGCCAUCUCUCACCAUGCAAAUCGCGGAAUCUCCAGCCUCAUUGCAGCUCACACCAACACCACCAAUUCAGCCUCGCCUCACAUUGCUCCUGCCACCGCCGCAGACCAACAUGCCACCCCGCUUCGAUCAGACGGCUCCGUCUCGCCCAUCUACGACGCCUUUCACAAUGCUGGCUCAACUCCCGACCCGGCUCACAUCCAAGCCGCUCUCCACAACGCCGCCCAGCCAACACUCUCUCCUCAACCUCGUGUUGUCUGGUCUCGUUGGGAUCGCCUCCCCCUCAAGUCGCAUCCUCUCAAGUUUGCUCCCUUGCUCCUCUCUUACUUCGACAAUGGCUCGCUCCAGGCUCUUCUCCUCCAAGACCGUACCAUCUCUGAGCUGCUCUCUCUCCCGAAUGCUGCGGAUGUACUUCUCGAUCGAUCAGCUUCUGUUACCACUCUCGAUUGUCCACACCUUUUGACCGCCUUGGUUCGACCGCCCUCGGCUGACACGGCCGAUCCUCAGCUCCUCCUAGUCGUCCACGAACCCGACAAUGCUACGCGUCUUCUUGCCUACUCGCUCACUUCUCACCAGGUUCAGGCUUCGAUCCAGCUUCAGCACCACUCGGUCGUCUUGCAUCCAGCUGCUCAGCUUCACGAGCAACGUCGAAACGUCCUCUGGCCGCAAGUUCAGGCUCAGUGCAACCAAAACUACCUUGUUCUCUCCUUUGCCGCUCCUGCCUCCAUCCAUGUGUUGUCCACUUCGACUCUCGAGUACAUUGGCUCUCCCAUUCUCGAGGUCUCGGCUGCUUCCGCAGAGCGUCCUCCUCCCAUCUCUCUCUCGCAUCGUCUGCUCGCAUUCGCCUGCACCGCCUCCAAGAACGUCUCGCCUAUUCGUUCCGACGCUCGCAAAGCCUCCAACUCGGCCUACCACGACCCUGCACGCACCUCCUUUGCAGCUGUGCCCUCGGAUGCAUCCCCACGUGUGGGCGAGAUGCGUGAUAACCUCUUCGAGACCUCAGCGCACGUGGGCGACGCAGCUCGUCGCAUCCGUGGCGGUGUCAUAAGCGGCGUUCGCACACUUGGCGAGUGGGGAAGCUCUUACUGGCCCCAGGCAGGCAGUCCUCCAGCCGCGGGCGCUGCCUUCUCGCCGCCACAAUCCAGCCUGCUCUCGCAGUCUGCCCCUCACACGGCGUCGCAUCUUCCGCGCCAAGCUUCAUCCGCCUCGAGCUCUCCUAUGCUACUCGCAGUAGACGGCGGUCGCGCAGCAAAACGCUUGUCCACAGGGGCUCCAUCUGCCGCCCCCAACGACAUGACUGCUGGCUCGGGCCACAGCUCCCACACCGUGUAUGGUGCGUGCGUUCGCGUCAUCGACCUCGCAUCCGAUACACGCACCAUUUGCACGUUUGCACCUUCCAAUCACGCCGUGACCCUCGUCUCUUUCAGUCCUUGCGGCCGCUUAAUCUUGACUGCAGACACUCUUGGACACGCGUUCCACGUCUUUGAGCUGCCCCUGUCAGGAACCUUUGGCAACGCUGCGACAACUUCAUCCUCGUCGCCAGUCCUGCAUCGGUACAAGCUCAUGCGUGGCAUCACUACCGCAGAUGUCGUGCACGCUCAGUGGUCUUCCGACGCUCAAUGGCUUACUGUCGGCACACACAGUGGCACCGUCCACAUCUACGCCGUCAACCCCUUCGGUGGAAUUCCUUCCAUCGCCAAUCACGUCCAAGCCAAGAUCAAGAACCCGCAAAUGCUUCAGCCUUUCGGUCUCUCGCUGUCCAGCCUCGCAAGGUCGGUCCGACCCACAGCACCACCUCAGCAGGAAGCGACGCAGAAAUCGGCGAAUCCAAUUGGCGCAGAGGCACACGUUACAGCCGCGGCCGAUGUACAGAGCAAGCUGGCACCAGCACCCUCUUUCCUGCUGGUCAGUCACGCCUCUUCUGGGCUGGAAGGUGAUGUCAGCUCUCCCUUUGAGCUUGUUACCAACGAUCCACGCUCCGUCAGCGUCACCCUGCACAAUGUACGAUGCUGGAGCACCCAGACUCGAGCUCCCAGCGCUAGAAUGGGCAGUGAAGAGGUGCAAGCCGAUGCCAAACAUCGUUUCGCUCCUGCUACCUCCCCGCGAACUUCUGGUCUUUCGCAGAUGAUGAGAAAGGCCGGCGAAGGCCUUCUCCCCACUCAGCAGGCACCGCGACUGCAGGCUGAGUGUGUGCGUGUUGCGCUGUGGGACCAGCUUUUGCCUGACACUAGCUCGGUCACUAAGCAUAGUGUCGCCGCCCUAGGCGAUCAGACGAGUGCAUCGUACCACAGCGAUCGGUCCCACAAUUCGCUCGCAAAGCCUCUUGCCUCGGUAGCCAAGGCAGAAAUCGAAACUUACAGCCAAUCACCCGCCAUGCUGCCAUCGUCCAUCUUCCUCUCUCGCCAGACGUUUUUCCACGCUCGCACCCGCAGCACCAAACCAAACUCUGCUACUGCCACGGGCCCUGCCGACUCGCUUCGCUGCAUUCAGCGUCGCGGAUCCAGGCCCAUCCAAGUUCGUCGGACUGCACGCCUUGUGUCUCGUGAGCCUUCGUCGGAAGAGGCUAGCUCGUUUGAUGACAGCUUAGCUGGUGCGCUUGACCAGAUGUCGUUCAAUCCUGAACACUUGCCGCCGCGUAGUGCUUCAGCACAUAUCCCCAGCUUCCCCCAGGGUCAACGGGGCCGAUCAGCUGGCUGGACAGCAGGCAGCAGCAUCCCUAUCCGUAUCGUUGCGGGUGGUCUCGGAGGCAUCUAUCGUGCAGGUAAAGAGCUCGGACGUGGAGUCGACAUGGCCAGAAGGCGCACCAGCGGUGCCUCUGGUACAGAACCGCCGGAAGGCAGUGCGGAACCCGUGGCGAGAAACACAGCGUCCAUCUCGUUUGACGCCGUCGACGAUGUCGAUCUGCUAGGCGAAGACGAAGAUGCGGCACGUUCAAGUCGGCACCGGUAUCGUGAUCAUCACAAUACUGCAGAACAUAUCGAACAGGGCUCCACACGGUCGGAUCUGUCGAUGCUUUCUGUACUGCACAACGAUGAGCCUGGUAAAGGCUCGCAGCCCAGCUCGGCAGAGACGCCUUCGACACGCUUCAGCGAGGUCGAAGAUGUAGACGAAUGCGACUGGGACGCUAUCGACGACUGCCGCAGUCCGGCAGCUCCUGCAGCUCGCCUACUGGAUGACGUGAACGCGGUAUUAAAUCAGAGUCGCAACAAACAGGGCGCCUCAGGAACGCACGGCAGCAACACGAGCAUGGACGACGACUUUACCGUCGGUAUGCUCGACGAAGACUCGGACCAGGCCACGGUGAUUCGUUCGCAGUCGCAGUCGCAGUCCGGCCUUACACCAAUCGCACAGGACGUAAUGGCCCGAGCAAGCGCGCCCAAGGAGCUGGUGUAUGCUCUCCCUGCGGGCGGCUCUACACGCUCGAGCCUGUUGAGCCAGAGCAGUGGUAAGACUAGCACAGUGGUCGAGAACCGACUUGAAGCCAAAGCGGACCGCGACAGCAGCCCGUCCAACUCGGACGAGGGCGACAGUGCAAGUCAGAGAAGUGUGGGAUCAGGCAUGCUAUGCGAAGGAAGCAAGGAGACGCACACCAUCGACGUUGCGAACGAGUUGGACGCAUCUGCUAAAGCAAAGGACGCGAAAGUAGUCAAGAUCAUUACAGCAAAGCCCAUCAGCACUUCAGGAGGAGGUGGAAAGAAGAAGAAGAAAAGCGGACGCUAA